AUGGAGACAGGAAUGGAUUUUAUACACAGCUCUGGAGUCCAAAUGACUCGCUACCUGCAGGAGAACCACCAGGGCUCCCAGGGCUGGUUCCUCUUCAUCUCCUUCGCUGCCGACCUCAGAAACACCUUCUUCAUCCUCUUCCCCAUCUGGUUCCACCUCUGCGAGGCGGUGGGCGUCGAGCUGAUCUGGGUGGCCGUGAUCGGGGACUGGCUCAACCUGGUCUUUAAGUGGAUUCUCUUUGGGCAGCGACCCUACUGGUGGGUCCGUGAGACUGGCUACUACGGCAACGCCUCCAUCCCUGUGAUCCAGCAGUUCCCUGUCACCUGUGAGACCGGCCCAGGCAGCCCCUCUGGCCAUGCCAUGGGCUCAGCUGGAGUGUGCUACGUGAUGGUGAUGGCUCUGCUUAGCACCCUGCGUCGGCGCCGGAGAUCCCCCUUCCAGCAGCAGUGCCUGCGGGGGGCGCUGUGGAUGUCAUUCUGGGGGGUUCAGGUGUCUGUCAGUCUGUCCAGGAUCUUCCUAGCAGCUCACUUCCCACACCAAGUCCUCACGGGCGUCGUUUCAGGCAUGGCAGUGGCUGCCGCUUUCCGGCACAUCCCCUCCAUCUACAACGCCAGUCUCCGGAGGUACCUGGGCACCACCCUUUUCCUCUUCAGCUUCGCCCUGGGCUUCUACCUGCUGCUGAAGGCUCUCGGCGUUGACCUGCUGUGGUCCCUGGAGAAAGCCAAGCGGUGGUGUGACCGGCCGGAGUGGGUCCACAUUGACACCACCCCCUUCGCCGGCCUCCUCAGGAACCUGGGCAUCCUGUCUGGGCUGGGGCUGGCCCUCAACUCCCAGAUGUACCUGGAGAGCUGCAAAGGGAAAAUGGGCCAGCAGCUGCCCUUCCGCCUGAGCUGCAUCGCGGCCUCGCUCCUCGUCCUGCACCUCUUCGACUCCUUCAAGCCUCCCACCAAGGUGGAGUUGCUGUUUUACGUCCUGUCCUUCUGCAAGAGCGUGGCCGUGCCCGUGGCUGCUGCCGGCCUCAUCCCCUACUGCGUCGCCCGGCUCAUCAGGAGGCAGGAGGAAAAGGUUUUAUGAGAGAGAGCAGAGCUGCAUGG